CAUCGUCCAACAGCGUUGGUACAAAAAUGUUUGGUAAUGUUUAACGGAUGUUUUAUUCGUUUUAUUCGCCCUGAAAAGACUGUUUCAAUGUGUACAGCUUGAUUAGAUUUAAACAACGGCGUAAAGCUAUCUCUUUAGAAAUCAAAUGGCUUUUAACCAUAACGUAACAAGAUUUUACAACGAUCAAAGAAUCGCGGUGUUGCCAGAAUGCAAUUGUCUUUUGUGUAUAAUAUUGGUGGUAAUAAUCGCACAUAUUUGCAAAACAGACUUUGAUAAACAAUGAAAUCAGUAGAAAAGAUUAUUAUCUGUGGAAAACCACCGAGAUUUGAAGCACUACUUUGGUCAAGAAGGGAAUCAUGAACAACGAUAACAUUAAUAGGGGCAAUUUACGUCCUUUACGUCAACAAUCGUUCCAUGCUUUCAUGAGCAGUCGUUGUUAACAUUUGCGAGCUAGUGUCCGCGAGGUGCUUUGGUCAGGUUCUCACAGAAACGCCUGAUGGUUUUCGCGGAAUUCCCAGACAAUAGAAGUCUAAACCUUAAAUGAGAGAUCACCGUUGAUAUCGAUUUUCUGGCAAUGAUUGAUUUUGCAGGAAGAGAUUUUUCCUUGACCACCUAGGCAUAUUCUCGGUAGGGGAAGCAAAGCAUUACUGCAUGAUCCGAGGUUUUUUGUUUGGAAACUGAAUGAAAAGCUCAGGAUGAAAGGCCAAAAGGAAAGGAAACUUAUUCAAUCAAGACUUAGUGUUCCUCAUUACGCAUCAAAAUUCAGUAAAUGGCGACCUUUGAUUACAGUUAUGGAAAGGAGCGAUGAUAUUGAAGAGCAAUUCAAGGCCCGUCCGUUACCCCAAGGCAUAAUAACAACGCGAACAAGAAAAGCAUUGGUAAAACCUGGACAGGAAAGAAACCAAUCUGAUAUUGGACUUAUCUGGAAUCUAGUGGACCGAACAAACGCUUUCGCGGCCUAUUCUCAUAUUGUGAGGAAAGAACUAGCAAAGGUGGUGCAGUAUUGUGCUAAUGAAAGUGGCGCUGUGGUGAUAAGAGAAGGUGAGUUUGGCUCAUCGCUUUAUUUUAUCAUCAACGGGACAGUAGCUGUCGAAGUUUCAACGUCAGAACGUGGUGGCCUUAUCAAGCAGGUUCUACAAGAGAAGAUGAUCGGGGAUUCAUUUGGAGAAAUCGUAACAAUGUCUGGCUCAAAGAAAACAGCCUCAAUAAUCUGCAAAACUGCAUGUGAAUUUUUAAGAGUUGAAAAUACAGACAUUGAGGAGGUUUUACGGAGAAGCUACCAUCUCGAGACGGAGCGAAAAAUGAAUUUUCUCCAAUCGCUGGAUCUGUUUGAGAAGUGGGUUCAAAGUGAUAUCAAGCUGCUCAACGCAUCAUCAAAAAUCGUUGAAUAUCCUGCAAAUUCGGUUAUAAUCAAAGACAUGCGUCAGAGCCAAGACUUCUCUUUCUUCAUUAUGUCUGGAAACUGUCACGUGGUUCGCCAAAUACCAGUGGUAGUAGAAAGGCUGCCGUUUGGGAAAGAGAAAAUUAGCCUGGCUUCAGUUGACGAAGAAGAUGAGGUGAAGAAGAAUAUGAAAAUCGAUGGAAGAUACGAGAGAUUUAAGAAUUUGUAUUUGGUAAUACAGUCGUUGAAAGAGGGACAGUAUUUUGGGGUUGACGAAGAUAUUGGAAAAAGCAGUGUUAUUACUGUGACAAAGACUGAGUUCCUGAGAAUUCCGAAAUCCAGCUUGCAAGCCCAACAAAGAGGCAGCUUCUUCACCUAUAUAAACAGUAUGGCUAUGAAGAGGUACCCCAGCAGAAUGCAGACUUUCCAAAAAUACACAAUAGGCCUUAAAUGGGACAGUUACAAAAAAGGGCUUGUUCAGGAUAUUACGAGAAAGAGACGGGGAAGAAUGACUGCAGGGCCUAAUGAUGUUCCAAAAUGUCUUCUAGGGCAUUAGAAUCAAAUAGGACCUUAAAGCUAGCAUAUUCCAAAACGUGCAGCAGGACCUUAAAGCUAAUAUAGCGUACAAAAUAUCAGAUACGACUUUUAAGCUAACAAUCAGUCCAAGAUCUCAGAUAGGACCUUAAAGCCAGGCCAACAUGUAGUUCAAGAUCUCAGAUGAGCCAGGCCGACAUGUAGUCCAAAAUGUCAGGUAGGACCUUAAAGCUAACAAACAUAACCCAAAAUGUCAGGUAGGACCUUAAAGCAAACAUAUUGUCCAAAAUAUCACGUAGGCCUUGAAGUUAGCAUUCAGCGGAUAAAUGUUAGCUGUAAGCAUCAAUUUGAGAAAAACGUUUUUAUUAAAUGUCAAAUUCGUCCCUCUUAGGUAAAAUUAUAUUCGAAACUGAUAGACGAAAGUUUAGAAAUUCUCAGGAAGUGAAGUGCAUACGUAAGUUUAUACGUUCUUCUAAAAGUCAACUGCUGGGUACACUUAUGUAAAAUAAAUGCCGAAAAAGUUAACGAUUGACAUAAGAUGCUCAAAGCCCAACUGUUUGGUGCUUUGGACAGCGUCCCGACCAUUGCCUUACUUAAAAUCACUGCAUGUCAGUAUAAGAAUUUAUUUAGUGCUAUUAUGAUAUAGUGAAACACGUUGAUAAUCUAUGUAUUAGUUUUCAGUCACUCAGUACUUUUAAAUUGACGUUGAUGACUUUAACAGCAUAAAAAGUUUUAAAAAACGA